UAACGACUGUUGAGAGUCAAUUGGUAUACUGACUGACCAACGAAAGUGUACCGUUUCAAGCUCAUUUUCAUGCCCAGACAAACUCAGAAUGAACCGUGAGUUCUCCAGGUGAAGAGCAAGUGCUCUUGUCGCGUUUCUAUAUUGGUGGGGAUCGCACCAUAAGUAAGAGACGGCCUUAAGAAAAACCUUCAUUCUGAUAGCAGACCGCGUGGUGAACGAAUUUAUAUUUAAAAAAAAAACGUGGUUAGUGGGGUGGUGUUCAUAUUUUCUAUUUUCAUAAAAAAAAUUUUUUUUUUUUUUAAAUUCAAUCGCCUCAAGAAAUUUCAAAAGGGAUGAUCAGUUCAUAAAGGAGAUUUAAAAAACGAAUUUUGUGAUAUUGGAAACAAAUGAACGACAUUUGGAUUUAUCCGUGUUAAGUGGUGGAUUAUUAUUAUUAUUAUUCUACGGAAAAAAUAAAAAAAUGAAAGGAUUCACCUUCAGGUGAAAACCUUGAAGGUGCCUGAGGAGGAUCUUUUACUAUCAAAGAUCUGUAAUUUCAAAAAAAAGAAAAAAAAAAUUGAAGUGAAGAACAUUUCUCUGGUGGAAUAAUAAUCUUUACUUAUAUACGAGUCUACUUAGAGUUAAAGAGGCACAAUGAUGACAUCAUUGGUGUUACUAGUGCCAAUUGUGGUUUCCAUGACAGUAGCAGAAAUCUUGGACGAUCGAUUAAUCAGUCGGAGUAAAGACACAUUUACUGUUUCACCAGAAGUGGAAUUAGAUUCUAAAAUUGAUUCCAAGAGAACGUUGAGGAGACAAGUAAGGAUAAAUAAUGAGACAAAAACUAGUCAAUUUUCAUUACCGAUUGGCAUUUUGGAAAAUCUAUCAACCACCACGCCUCGUAUUUUAACGACCAGAGGAUUCAAAACAGCUGUAAAAACGCUUCAUAAUAAAUCCCAAACUGAUGUCAGUGAAUCACAAAUAAAAUCCGAAAACAAUUUUAGUACUUUAGAAAAGGAUGUGAAAAAAUCACAAAGUAAUGCAGAGAAGGAUGUGGAUAAUUUACAAAUUGGUAAAUUGGGAAAUACACAAAAUGUUAAAAGUCCAGCACCAAGUAUGACACGAAAUUUACAAAGAAAUGUUAAAAAUACACAAAGGAAUGUCAAAACUGUACAAAAUGUCAAAAAUACACAAAGGAAUGUUAAAAAUGUACAAAAUGUCAAAAAUAGACAAAGGAAUGUCAAAAAUGUGCAAAGCAAUAUUAAAACAACACCGAACACUAUUAAAAUCGUACAAAACAAUAUUCCAAGUGUUCAAAACAUUGUCAAAACAUCCAACAAUGUUAAAAUCAUCACCCAAAGCAAUGUUAAAAAUGUUCCAAAAAAUACAACCACAAUUGAGAAUUCACAAACUAAUGUAAAACAAUCCGAUAACAAUAAAUCUGAAACAGUGAAAAAAAUCAUCUACCCUAUUAGUCAAACAAAUGAAAAAUCAAUAUCGAAUGUAAAAUCAUCAGUUUCAGAAAAUAUACCAUCAUCAGCAACAGAAGUAAAAAGCAAUAAGCUGCCAGGAAAAAGAAAUCGUAAAAAUAAAGGAUUCUUUUUUAGCUAUCCAUAUGUGCCCCAAAUUCGUCAUCAUUAUCCAAAUUAUGAUAGUUCAAAUUUCGAGGACUGCAAUUAUGGACAAGAGGAACAACGAACCCCUGGCGGGAAGAAAAAAUAUCAGGACAGCAAUAUUUAUUAUAUUAAACUACCGCCCACUCCUUACAUGUUCGUUCCAGGUUUGGGGUAUGUUUCACAGCCGCCAAGAUAUUCGCCGCCUCCUCCUCCACCUCCUCCACCGCCAUCCAUGACACAUGUAAGGCCCUAUAGGCCCGCGAGGCCCCCAACGAUUUAUCAACCGCACGUUAACCCUUUUAUAAAAGUGCCGAUAGACUUUAUUAGCAAUGGGAAACCAACAUCGGUUUAUCAAUGGCAAGACACUGGAAAGCAUCCAUCGAGAACGGAUAAUCAAAUUACAAAUUUAGACAAGGGACCUUAUGUUUUUAAUGGACGACCAAGUAGUAUUUAUCUUCUUAGGCCCGAUGGCUCACAAACUAUUCCUCAACCAAUUAGAUUAAAUGAUUAUCAGAAUAAUGGUUACUAUUCAAGUGGUACUUUCGAUUAGAGAACCAAAAUAUAAUUUUUUUUUUACAAAUUAUUUUUUUAAGAGAGAGUUUUUAUUUUUUCCUAAUGUUGAAUUUGGCUAAAUUUUUGGAAAUUUUCACUGAAAAAAAGAAUUUGGUUUUGACAACAAAACGUUUGGUUGGUAUUUAAGGAACCAAAAUUUUUUUUUGUUUCAACAGAUUUUUGAUUGUAUUAAAAUUUAGUUCACAGAAAAUUAAAAGGCAUUAAAAUAAGCUGCAACGCUUAUUAUUUUAAUCCAAUUUUGCUUAUUUUAAUCCAUUUUGGUAUUAAAAUAAGCAAAAUUGGAUUAAAAUAAUAAGCGUUGCAGCUUAUUUUAAUGCCUUUUAAUUUUCUGUGUUGACACAACCAAAAUUAAAAAAAGGAUUUUUGUUGUUUUAACUAAAGUUUCGUUGGGACAACAAAAUAUUUUGGAUAAUAUAAUGUAUGAUAAAUAUUUUUUUGUUGCAGCAAAAAAAAUUUUGGUUAUUCCACACUGAGAAAAAAGAUUUGAGCUGACAACCAAAUAUUUCAUUCAAUAUAUGUGCAACUAAAAUUUUUUGGUUGACACAACUAAACUUUAGUUGACAACAACUAAAGUUUG